AUAUAUUUUUAUAGAGCCAAAUGUUAGCAAGCGUAUGCGUGCUCGUUUCAUCUCACCCACACACACACAAAAUCUUUUACUCACUCAACUUGCACUAAUACUCGUAUCAAAUAAUCAACAUACUUUGUUGUCUAUUUUCAUUGUAAUUUGCUGCCAUUUGACACAAACGCUACGAACUCAACAACUCGAUUUGCACCUGCCGCAUGAUACCGAUUGCCGCCGCCGCCGUCGCCGCGCGUAUGCCAACUAUGAAAACAACUCAUGCAUGUGCAUGCAUAUGCAUGUAUGUAUGUGAGCGCAGAUAUGGACCACACUUUGAGGAUGUGCAACGCGUGGGACAGCCAACAAAUAUGACAGUGCAGGCGGGUAGCAGCAUACAUUUGAAUUGCAGAAUAUCGCUGCUGCAAGAUAAGACUGUGUCCUGGGUGCGUCGCAAUGCACAGGGCGAAAAUGCAUUGGAUUUGCUGACGGUCGGUCUGCACACCUACACCGGUGACAAACGCUAUAAAAUGGAGUUUCAAUAUCCGAAUAAUUGGCGCCUGAAAAUAACGAAUGUAAAAAAGGACGAUGAAGCGAUGUAUGAGUGUCAGAUAUCGACACAUCCGCCGCGAGUGAUACAAAUUAAUCUGUUCGUUAAUGCACCCAAAGUGAUGAUUGUUGACGAGUUCGGUGAUCCACUACAGGAAAAAUAUUACGAAAUCGAUUCAACGUUGCAGCUGUCAUGUGUCGUCCGCAAUGUCGCCAUGGCCACAUCGGUCGUGUUCUGGAAGCAUGGCGAUGAUAUACUCAACUAUGAUGUGACGCGCGGCGGUAUCAGCGUUAAAACGGAGCUGAUGGACGAUGGCGCCAAUUCAACAUUAUCCAUAGCGAAAAUCAACAAGUCCGACUCCGGCAACUAUACGUGCGCAAUUAGUGAUUUUCAAAAUUUCAGCAUAGUCGUACACAUACUGAAUGGUAAGUAGCUGAGACAUUUGCAAAUACAUACUACACAUUUUCACACGAAACGCGAAAGCAGUCAAAGCACAAGCUGUUGUUGUUGUUGUUGUUGGCUUUAGGUGCUUUCGCUUUCGCUUUCGCCUUUGCAUGAGCGCCAGCAUAUGCUGCCACAAACGAGCUCAGCAAGGAUAUCCCACCUGUUAGUGCUUUCCUGCUUCCUGCCUUUUUGUGUGUGCAUUCAUCCGCGCAGGAAGACACACUUGCCACUACCUCUAACUAAGCCUUACUACUUAUAUACUCGUGCAUACAUAAAGGCAUGCUUAUUAUAAAACUACUUUUUUAAUGCCUUUAACUGAAUUUGUUGCUCUGCA